GUCCCAACCCGGCCCAGCCCCGGCCCGCCCGGCCCCGCGCCGCAGUCUCCCUCCCUCCCGCUCCGUCCCCGCUCGGCUCCCAUCCUCCUGGCCGGCGCGGAGCGUCCUCGGCCCGGCGGCGCGAGCAGCACCACUCCUGGGAGGGGGGGAGACCGCGAGCGGCCGGCCCACCCCCAGCCAGCCGGGGCGGGACCCCGAGGCCCCGGAGGGACCCAGACUCCAGGCACGUCCCGCUCUGCGUCCGCUCCGAGCAGCCAGUGCGAAGACGCCCCCCGCCCGCCCGCGCGCGCGGCGGGGACGCGGGGCCACACCUGGGCGCCCGCAUGGGCCCGCGUUGAGGGCCCGGACUGGGAGUCCCACGCGGGGAGUUGGUGUCUGCACUCUCGGGGGGGGUCCAGACCUGGGGGGGCUAGUGCCCCCCAAGCUCGGAUCGGAUCCAACCCGAGAGAGCCGGCGCCAUGGAGCUCCGGGCUCUGCUUUGCUGGGCUUCGCUCGCCGCGGCUCUGGAAGAGACCCUAUUGAACACAAAGUUGGAAACUGCCGAUCUGAAGUGGGUCACGUUCCCUCAGGUGGAUGGGCAGUGGGAGGAGCUGAGCGGCCUGGAUGAGGAGCAGCACAGCGUUCGGACCUACGAGGUGUGUGAUGUGCAACGGGCACCAGGUCUGGCCCACUGGCUGCGCACUGGCUGGGUCCCGCGCCGUGGAGCUGUCCACGUGUACGCCACACUCCGCUUCACCAUGCUUGAGUGCCUCUCCCUGACGCGGGCUGGCCGCUCCUGCAAGGAGACCUUCACCGUCUUCUACUUCGAGAGUGAUGCUGACACGGCCACAGCCUUCACACCAGCCUGGAUGGAGAACCCCUAUAUCAAGGUGGACACCGUGGCUGCUGAGCACCUGACCCGGAAGCGCCCUGGGGCUGAGGCAACAGGGAAGGUGAACAUCAAGACGCUGCGUCUGGGCCCACUCACCAAGGCUGGCUUCUACCUGGCCUUCCAGGACCAGGGUGCCUGCAUGGCCCUGCUCUCCCUGCACCUCUUCUAUAAAAAGUGCUCCCAACUGACUGUGAACCUCACAUACUUCCCGGAGACGGUGCCUCGGGAGCUUGUGGUGCCUGUGGCAGGGAGCUGUGUGGCCGACGCCGUCCCCACUCCUGGCCCCAGCCCCAGCCUCUACUGCCGGGAGGAUGGCCAGUGGGCUGAGCAGCCGGUCACGGGCUGCAGCUGUGCUGCUGGCUUCGAGGCCGCAGAGGGGAAUACCAGGUGCCGAGCCUGUGCCCAAGGCACUUUCAAGCCCUUGUCCGGGGAGGGGUCCUGUCAGCCGUGUCCAGCCAACAGCCACUCCAACACCAUCGGCUCACCCAUGUGCCAAUGCCGCAUUGGGUACUUCAGGGCCCGCACAGAUUUCCGGGGAGCACCCUGUACCACGCCACCCUCUGCUCCCAGAAGUGUGGUUCCCCGCCUGAAUGGCUCCUCCCUGCGCCUGGAGUGGAGUGCCCCCCUGGAGUCCGGGGGCCGAGAGGAUCUCACCUAUGCUCUGCGCUGCCGGGAGUGCCGCCCUGGGGGGUCCUGUACACCCUGCGGAGGAGACCUGACUUUUGACCCUGGCCCCCGGGACCUUGUGGAACCCUGGGUGGCAGUUCGUGGGCUGCGUCCAGAUUUCACCUACACCUUCGAGGUCACCGCCUUGAACGGGGUGUCCUCUCUGGCCACUGGACCUGUCCCAUUUGAGGCUGUGAAUGUCACCACUGACCGUGAGGUACCACCCCCAGUGUCCGACAUCCGGGUGACACGGUCAUCGCCCAGCAGCUUGAGCCUGGCCUGGGCUGUUCCCCGGGCCCCCAGUGGAGCUGUGCUGGACUAUGAGGUCAAGUAUCACGAGAAGGGCACAGAGGGCCCCAGCAGCGUGCGGUUCCUGAAGACGUCGGAAAACCGGGCAGAGCUGCGGGGACUGAAACGGGGAGCCAGCUACCUGGUCCAGGUGCGGGCACGCUCUGAAGCCGGCUACGGGCCCUUUGGCCAGGAGCACCACAGCCAGACCCAGCUGGACGAGAACGAGAGCUGGCGGGAGCAGCUGGCCCUGAUCGCGGGCACAGCCGUCGUGGGUGUGGUGCUGGUCCUGGUGGUCAUUGUCAUUGCUGUUCUCUGCCUCAGGAAGCAGAGCAACGGGAGAGAAGCUGAGUACUCGGACAAGCAUGGACAGUACCUCAUCGGGCACGGUACUAAGGUCUAUAUUGACCCCUUCACUUAUGAAGACCCCAAUGAGGCUGUGAGGGAAUUUGCGAAAGAGAUCGACGUUUCCUAUGUCAAGAUUGAGGAGGUGAUCGGCGCAGGUGAGUUUGGCGAGGUGUGCCGGGGGCGGCUCAAGGCCCCAGGGAAGAAAGAGAGCUGUGUGGCUAUCAAGACCCUGAAAGGGGGCUACACAGAGCGGCAGCGGCGGGAGUUCCUGAGUGAGGCUUCCAUCAUGGGCCAGUUCGAGCAUCCUAACAUCAUCCGCCUGGAGGGCGUGGUCACCAACAGCGUGCCUGUCAUGAUCCUCACCGAGUUCAUGGAGAAUGGCGCUCUGGACUCCUUCCUGCGGCUCAAUGAUGGGCAGUUCACUGUCAUCCAGCUGGUGGGCAUGCUUCGGGGCAUCGCCUCUGGCAUGCGGUACCUUGCUGAAAUGAGCUAUGUCCAUCGAGACCUGGCUGCCCGCAACAUCCUGGUCAACAGCAAUCUUGUCUGCAAGGUGUCUGACUUUGGGCUUUCCCGGUUCCUGGAGGAGAACUCUUCUGAUCCCACCUAUACAAGCUCUCUGGGUGGAAAGAUUCCCAUCCGAUGGACAGCCCCCGAGGCCAUUGCCUUCCGGAAGUUCACAUCUGCUAGUGAUGCAUGGAGCUACGGAAUUGUGAUGUGGGAGGUCAUGUCCUUUGGAGAACGGCCAUACUGGGACAUGAGCAAUCAGGAUGUGAUCAAUGCCAUUGAACAGGACUACCGGCUGCCCCCGCCCCCAGACUGCCCCACUUCCCUGCACCAGCUCAUGCUGGACUGUUGGCAGAAGGACCGGAAUGCACGUCCCCGCUUCCCCCAGGUGGUCAGCGCCCUUGACAAGAUGAUCCGGAACCCGGCCAGUCUCAAAAUUGUGGCCAGGGAGAAUGGCGGGGCCUCACACCCACUCCUGGAUCAGCGGCAGCCUCACUACUCAGCUUUUGGCUCCGUGGGUGAGUGGCUUCGAGCCAUCAAGAUGGGACGAUACGAAGAAAGUUUUGCAGCUGCUGGCUUUGGCUCCUUCGAACUGGUCAGCCAGAUCUCUGCUGAGGACCUGCUCCGAAUUGGAGUCACUCUGGCGGGACACCAGAAGAAAAUCCUGGCCAGCGUCCAGCACAUGAAGUCCCAGGCCAAGCCUGGAGCCCCAGGCGGGUCGGGAGCACCAGCCCCCCAGUACUGACCUGCACCUGAUUGCCUGGCCCCACUGCUCCAGAGCGGCGGGCACUCGCAGCUUGGGGACACAGCUCCCCUUCUUCCUGGGGCAGAGUCGGAUGGGGACCCAAGGGGCCUCUUUACCUGGGCCCCGUUGGAUUGCACUUUGAACCCGUGGGGGUGGGGAGCUGGCAAUUUUGAGAGGCAGGAUUUGGGGAUUCUGCCGUAGGAGCGAAGGAAUCACAUGCCCCCCCAGGCGGGAAGCUGGUCUCUCGGGACUGGGUGUGACCAGAGAGGAAGCGCCUGUAAUCUGCAGCUUCCCCGGGAUGGUCGGCACGAUUCCCGCAGCCUCCCUCUGAUCCCCAGCUAGGGCCUCACGUGCCCCCCUCACCAUGAAGGGCCAAUGCACUGCCCUGCAGACCAAAGAGAAGAGGGUGACCAGCCUGUGAGCUCAGGAGCGGAGCGGUCGCGCUGUGGCGGGAGGCGGGAAGGGGCGUCGUGGCCCAGGGACCAAAUCAUUGGACCUGGAUGUCCCAACCUUGCUGCUGUCUUCCCGAACUCAGUUUCCCCUUGUAAAUGCCCCCUCCCCCAUCUGCUGCCUUCAUAUUGAAGGUUUUUGUUUUAUUUUUUGUUUCUGUCUUAUUCUUCCUGCCCCAACUCCUUUUUUGUUGUUUUUUGUUGUUUGUUUUUCUGCUGUCUUUGUCAUAACUUUCUGUGUUGGGGGGGCCUGUUUCAUUAUUGUCUCCUUUGCCGAGGGUGAAACAGGAACUCAUCGUGUCUGUUUCCAGAACAGUGCCUUGCUCACACCACAGCUCUCAGACACAUUCCUGCCCCCAAGUACCCUCGCGCUGUGUCCAUGAGGGGGAGUGGGGGGGGAGGUGGUGGUAGAAACUAGAGACAGACACCGGUGCUUGGAGGGGUUCUUAAAUUAUAUUUAAAACAAUUUUUUUUUGUAUAAAUAAAAGAAAAUGGGAA